AUGUCCGGAGCUCUCAAAAAAUUUGGCGACAGGAUUAUCAAUGACCCGAAACAAGUGGCAAAGCUUUUCAAAGAAGCAACCCCUGGUAGUCGACUUCUACCAUCACGAAAUCCUAAGAACGGUGCAGAAUAUCAGUGUCGUAUUGACGUGGGCGAAGAAAUCAAAGACAAGCCAGAUUACUAUAAUGUGUACCUUCAAGUCAAUAGUCAAUAG